AUGGGCAAGGACUGGGCAGACGAAGUGGACGAUGACGAGGUGGAUGCUGCACAGGACCUGCGGUCGCGACUUGGUGGACUCGCACCCGAGAGCCCAGAGCCCUCAUCCCAAGCAUCCGAGUCCCCCGCCGUCGCUUCCUUAGCUUCGCGGAUCGGCGGCCUCUCUACUGGCCCGUCCUCUUCUCCCUCCCAACCACCUCCUUCCUCCUCCUCCCCGCAGCGUGAGCGUGAGCGCCCGCGUCUCAACCCGCAAGCACCCAUCUUCGGCAGAGCCCUCGCAGGUGUAAAGGCCGACCGUACAGAAAAGCCAAAGGAGGCGACACCCACUGCCCCUCCUCCAGCACCAGCACCGCCCCCGGCUCAGAAGACUGAGACCACGCCCGGCACUCCCAAGACUACAGAACCCACAAAGCCCGCAGCCAUGGCUUCCGCAGAUGAUGGAUGGGGAAACACGGUCGCUGCCGCUCCGGACGCUGUUGAUGCCGUUGUCAACGGCGACGGUGACCAGGCCCAGUCAGUCGACAUGUCCAGCACGUCUGGCCUGAUAUCCAACGAGUUCCAGGUCGAAGUCAAGCUUGCCGACCUCCAGGCCGACCCCAACUCGCCUCUCUACUCGGUCACCAAGUUUGAGGAGCUUCCCAUUCACGAGCACCUCCUCAAGGGCAUCUAUGCCGCGGGUUUCACCAAGCCAUCCAAGAUCCAGGAGAAGGCGCUCCCCUUGCUCAUUGCCAACCCGGCGCAGAACCUCAUCGGCCAGAGCCAGUCGGGAACGGGCAAGACUGCUGCGUUUGCCCUCAACAUGCUGUCCCGCGUCGACGCGGCGCUCAUGACGCCCCAGGCCAUCUGUCUUGCGCCCUCGCGUGAGCUCGCCCGCCAGAUCCAGGAGGUCGUCGACAAGCUCGGCCAGUUCACCCAGAUCAAGACCUGCCUCGCCGUCCCCAACUCGUGGAAGCGCGGUGUGCGCAUCGAGCAGCAGAUCGUCAUCGGUACCCCCGGUACGCUCCAGGAGAUGCUCCGCGGUGGCACCCGUCACUUUGACCCCAAGAUGAUCAAGGUGUUUGUCCUCGACGAGGCCGACCAGAUGAUCCAGCUCCAGGGCCUGGGCGACCAGACCUUCCGCAUCAAAAAGGCCCUCCCGGAGAACGUCCAGAACGUCCUCUUCUCGGCCACCUUCCCCGAGGAGGUCCAGGAGUUUGCCAAGCUCUUUGCCCCCGAGGCCAACCAGCUGUUCCUCAAGCAAGAGGACGUCACCGUGGACGCCAUCAAGCAGCUCUACCUCGAGUGCGACUCGGAGCAGGGCAAGUUUGAGGCUCUCUCCAUGCUCUACGACUGCAUGUCCAUUGGCCAGUCGAUUGUGUUCUGUCGCAAGAAGAUGACCGCCGACAUGAUCUCGGACCGUCUCGGGCAGGAGGGCCAUUCGGUUGCCUCGCUCCACGGCGACAAGCUCUCCGACGAGCGUGACGCCAUCCUCGACGGCUUCCGCGACGGCAAGACCAAGGUCCUCAUCACCACCAACGUCAUUGCCCGUGGUAUCGAUAUCCAGCAGGUCAACAUGGUCGUCAACUUUGACGUCCCCGACAUGGGUCCCGAGGGCGGCUUUGCCCCCGACGUCGAGACCUACAUCCACCGCAUUGGUCGUACCGGUCGUUUCGGUCGCAAGGGCUGCUCGGUCACGUUCGUCUCGGACGACCGUUCCAUGCGCGACGUCCAGUCCAUCAUGGACACGCUCGGCAAGCCGAUGAAGAAGAUUGACGCCAGGAGCCAGAAGGACCUCGACCAGCUCGAGAAGGCGCUCCGGGCCGCGAUGAAGGGCCCCAACUAG